AUGGGGGACGAGGACGGAGGUGACAAAACAAGGAGAAUGGUUUUUGUGACUGUAGGAACGACUUCUUUUGAUGCUCUUGUGAGAGCUAUGGAUUCAGAUCAUGUUAAGAAAGAAUUGCUUGCAAAGGGUUAUACCAACCUUCUCAUCCAAAUGGGACGUGGAUCCUUUCUUCCCACCAAGUGUGAAAGAGAAGGUUCAUUGGUGGUAGACUACUUCACUUUUUCUUCUAGUAUUGCAGACCAUAUCAGAUAUGCUUCUCUUGUAAUUAGCCAUGCAGGGUCAGGCAGCAUAUUUGAGACACUGCGGCUACGCAAACCGUUAAUUGUGGUUGUAAACGAAGAUUUAAUGGAUAAUCAUCAAAGUGAGCUUGCAGAUGAACUUGCCAACAGAAAACAUUUGUAUUGUGCUAAUCCUCAUACACUUCAUCAAACUAUAUCAGAUAUGGAUUUAAAUUCUCUCCUUCCUUAUACUCCAGGUGAUGCUACACCAGUCGCCAAUCAUAUAAACAGAUUCCUUGGUUUUCCUGAUGAUUGA